AUGAGGUACUCAUUCGACGACCAAUACAACGUCGUUACAAAGAAGUUUAGUCAUUUAAGCAGUUCUAAUGAUCACCUAAUAACAGAAUUUGCUAUUGAUUAUUUCCAAUACCAAUUUGAUGAGAUUGAGAUUCAUAAUUGCUGGAAGAUUAUCCACAAUGCUAAUACUCAAAACAAUUACAAUAUCCCUCAAAGUACAGAUAUAGAUCGUCUAGAAAACAUAUCAUGGAGAAAAUGGGCAAAGAUGAAGUUUGAUUUAGAAGAAGUACCCCCAGAGAUGGUUAAUUGGUACAAAGAUUGUGAUAUAACUUGGUUGUAUGGCCCAUUGGCUGGAAGUUCAUCAAGUUUAAGCCAUCAAGUAUUUCAAAUAGAACCUCCAACAUCUUCCUCUACGGCUUAUGGUUUUGAUAGAACAGGCUUAGUGCCUAGCAGAACCAGUAGCUUUAGCAGUAUGACAAGUGCUAGCACAGCGGCUAGCUUAGAUGAUGAACACGAACAUGGGUUGGGUGGAAAGAAUGAAGAUAUAUUUGUGGAUGAACAUUACUUGGACAACAUUGGUCAUCAAUGCUCUUAUGCUAAGCCAAUACUCAAAAAUAAAAGAGCCACAAGUCUGGGAUUUUUGGAAUUUGAAGCACCUUCAAGUGUUGUUACAAAGAAAAGAACUGCGUCAAGUAACUCUGGGAAGAAGUACAACAAGUCUGUUAGUUUUGAUGCUAUAGUGCGAAUAAGACAGUUUGAAAUUGAAGAGGAAGCUUGUUAUGAUUAA